GCGGAAACUUUUCGCACUUUCUUCUGAUUAUGACGCGUAUAUAUUUCAGCCAUGAUCUGCAGUCAUAAAGCGUCGCUGACUUACGAAAAAUAGUUUGUUAUUUCUUAGAAAUUCUCGUCAUAUAUCACACAAGGUGGGAGAUACAAUUUUGUCUACAUGUCCUUCUAAUGAUAUACUACAUACCUGCACGUAUGAGAUGUUGAUAAAAUUGAAUUUUAACAUAUUCAUUUGUUUGACGACAAAAAAUUUUCAAUAACCUGCCAAAAUUCGUAAGUUAUGUCACUGUUGGUAAAAAAUGACAAAUUAAUUAAACACAUACUGUAUCCAGGCGUAGAAGUAGUGUAAAAAAUUUAUCGACAUAAAAAUCCCUUUAAAUUAGCAGCAAUGUUGCCAUUAUUUUUUCGCCCUGUUCCAAGCAAUGAAUCAAAAGGUUCAAAAGAUGCUUUUACUGAAACUGAGGUCCAGGAAUACAAAGAUUCACUUAAAACGAAGGCGGAACAAUUGAUCAUAAAAGGCUUCCCUGAGAAGAUAAUGAAGCUUAAUGAGCUUUUGGAAACACCGAGCUUCUGCAACCGUGAACUCUCCGAUGUACAUCAGGAUUUGAAUGUCCCUAUCCCAGAUCCAAUUUCACUUAAUCAUUCCGACGAUGGACCAGCAACGAAAAAAGCGAAGCUGGAGAACAAUUUGAACGAUAUUGAAACCAGCGGUACCAAAGUUAUGGUUCUUCCCAGCGGUCCUGUACCAUGUAACAAACCACUUUGUGAACUGAUUCACAUUGCCAAGCCGUACAUCAGGCAACUUGUGGAAGAUUCCAACCUUCUGAAAAUGUGGAUCUCGUUUAUGAUUCCAAAAAUUGAAGACGGAAACAAUUUUGGUGUCUCAAUCCAGGAAGAUACUUUAGCUGAAAUCCAAUCAGUUGAAAGCGAAGCUGCGGCAUUCUUUGAUCAAAUUUCGAGGUACUUCAUAUCAAGAGGUAAAAUUGUAAGUAAAGUAGCAAAAUAUCCACACAUCAUUGACUACAGGCGCUCGGUUCAGGAAUUGGACGAAAAGGAAUAUCUCAGCUUAUGGCUGGUGAUGUGUGAAGUUCGUAAUCGUUACUGUUCGUUACACGACAUAGUUAUAAAAAAUCUUGAGAAGAUAAAGCGGCCUCGAUCGACAAACGCCGAGUCCUUGUAUUAAUCGAAAAUCAGCAUCGCCCUCAUAUAUGAGUGCAAACUUUAUUCUAAUUUGAACCUCAGAGAGUAUGAUGUGGUAAAAGAUGAUGAAUGAUAAACGAAGAAAUCUAGCUUUUCGAUAAAAUCAGAAUUACGUUACAAACAUCUUACUGUUACCGCCGCUACUUGAACCUUUCCAUUAUUAUAAUGUGUUCUAAAUCUAAAAAAAAAAAAAAAAAAAAAAAAAAAAAACUGUUCUCCAUCUACCGGUUGUAGGAUCUGAACAUGUUUGAACUUGAAUUAGGUUCCAUGCACUGUUUGCAAAGAUAAGUAUAUGAAACACACUUUUUGCUUACUUGUAAGAGAUUACAGGUUGUUUUCUUUUAAACAAAUAAUUUCUGUUUAUUGCGAAAUCUAUCUCUUCUUUUCUUCAAUUAUGGAAAAGGUUAUCAAAUGUCGUUUAACUUAUCAUUCCUAUCGGGUUUGAUAUAAAUUCGAUAUUUAUGCUUUCUGCGUGUAUGUGCAUGCUAUUAGCAAUCGAAAAUCCGCAAAUGACUUUUCUAGAAUGAUUAGUACAUAAUGAUCAUCAACUUAAUUUAUACGAACUUUAGAUUAAUUAGACUCUCAAGAAUAGACAGAUUCCAUUGAAUAGUAAUUAUAAAAUUACACCACAAAUCAUCAUUAACAAUCUUACUAAACUCCGGAAGAAAACUUCUUCAGCUCUAAAAAAUAUAUCUAUAAUUCAAA